CAUCGUCAAUUUGCGAUAUAACCUGACGAAAUACUGGGCAAUUAACAUUUACGUAGCAGUGGUAAUGGUAACCUCUAAUGGUAAAUGGUUCAAUGUAUACGUUCAUGUUAUUCUCGGUCAAUUGUUUAUUUCACCAAACAAGAGAUCAACAGUCAAGGCCAAGAGUCCUUCCCCCCCUCACCCAGGUAGGGGACAUACCAUCGCAUGUUUCCGUCAUAGUUGUUCCCGAUGAGGCGACACAAAAACGCUACACAUACGAUUACACGUUUGUCCCGCGCUUGACCGGUGAGCAGCUGCAGCAGAGCGCCGAGCAUUGUUACGUCACGUGAGGCUGUAGCACUAUCAGGCUGCCAGCGUCUGGACUCACCGUCAGCCAAACGUUUCUGCCAGCAGGUUGUCAGCUAGCUAUCGACCAUGCGAGGCCAACGAGCGGCUCUGGACCCCCUCCUCCUGACGGCAGGGCUGACGAGGUGUCGGUGUCACGGGGCUGAGGUGAGAGCACGGGGGCCUGCUGUCCGCGGUGCUGCAGUGUGUUGUGUCAGCCCGCCCUGAGGUGUCCGUGUUUGUGUGCUUGAACUUCCCGCCGGCCUGCACGUGAUGGCGUGCGCACGCACCCUCGCACGGUGCCUCGUGCUAUUUAGAAGUAAGGUGUGUUCCUGUGUGUCGCACUGUCCAUCUGGGAACUUGGUGGCUGUGACUGAUUGAAGGCACGAGGCUGUUUGUGUUGCUUUUGUGCAGGCCGAGGCCCAUCCUGGGUGUUGGUGAGAGGGGCGAGAGGCGGGCGUGGCGGCGUGUGGCAGCGGGUGGGGGGCCGCGGCUGGCUAGCUAGUGGCAGCGGCUGACUGAGUCAGUGUUGGCUGUCGAGUGACACGCUAACAACCGUCCGUGUGAGCUCGAGAGAUGGUCCUCACGUACUUCCCCACAGUGACGCUAAGUGUCGGGAUACAUAGCGUGUUAACUGUUCACACACUGUUCUGAAGGUGCACACACUCCCGGGAAGUCUGCGCGCACCCUGGACGCCGCAAUAAUAGCGAAAAGUUAAGUGGAGUGACCCAUAGAGAGUAUCGGGCAGCAGGCGGCGCUGCCAAGUGUGGCGUGUGAGCGCUGGAUUGCCACGUCGGCAUGGAGCCUCGAUCCGGUGAGCCCCUGCAGAGCUUAAGCUGCCAGCACAACUCCCGCCUGCGCUCGCCUACGGCCAACACGGUGCUCAAGAAGAAGAAAAAGAGACGCAGGAGGCGCCGCCGUACCCCCAAGAACGAGGGCACGGGGCGCGCCCAGACCAAUGUCGCUGUUGUGUCGCCCACCACCUCCCGCGAGCCCUGGACGCCGCGGCAGGGCUCCCCCGCCCCCGUGCUGCGCCCCGUGGGGGCCCAGGUGCCCCGCGCCCCGGAGAACAGUACACAGUUCAUUAUGGAUGACCACGAAAACUCCGCCCUCUUCGUCGACUUUGACAACUUCAGCACCCCGCACUGGGAGCAGGAGCCGCCCGUCAGCGGCGCCGAGGACGAGACGGGCGGCGGCACGCCCACGCACGCCCUCACCCGAGACUGGUUUCCCUUCAACGCCGCGGACUUCGAGACGGCGUACCAGAGUGCCCGCGAGGACCGCCUGAUGGCGGGCAGCUCGGCGGAGCUCCGUGCGGCCAUCGUGGCCAUGGAGGCCCGUGCCGCCGUGCUCACCGACGUGCUCUCCUCCUCGCCCUCGCGAAUCGUGUCCCGCCUGCAGAACCAGCUGCUGCAGUUGCAGGAGGAGAACGCGCGCCUCAAGCAGAUACUCUCGCGCCGUAAUCAAAAGCGGCGGCCCAGCCUGCAGUCGUCGUCGUCGUCCUCUACAGACAGCGACUCCGAGUCUGACUCCACCAACUCGUCAAGCGACUGCUCCGAGUCAGACUGCGACACCUGUGCCGCGCGCCGCAGCCAGGCCGUGCAGCAGGACGAGGAGAAGGAGAACACCUGCCCCUUCUCGCUGGCCUAGGCCCCCGGCCCUCACCCCCGCCCACGGGCCUCGCCGGGGCGUCGGGAGGCCACUCCAGUGAACCUGCACCGCCCCGGGACCUCCGGCAGCCGCCGCCGCCGCGCCCACUGAGCCUCCCCUCCCCUCGCCCCCUGUGACCCGCGCAGGCCCGUCACCCUCCCGUUACACCUGUGGUGACCCUGCCGGGGGCACGCGAUCUCACCCCAGUGUUGCCCCCGCCGCCCUCGCCCACGUCUGCCGCCAGCUGCACGGGGUGGAAAGGCGCCACGUCCCCUGAGGGAGGCCUCGUGGAGGAGGGGCGCCGCCACCUCUACUGAGGGCGCUCCGGUAGGGUCUGGGGGCCCAGCGAGGCACUGACACCCAUGGACGACACACAGAGACGCACACAGACGAUACAAGGACGGACGCAGACUAGGCGAGUCCCCCGUGCGGCCUGCGUCACGGGAGAGACAUGCAAACCGGCUCCCUCUCUACGUUUUAAUGAUAAUUGUCACAUGUACCGAAUCCAAGUCAAACAGCCUUAGUCAGAACCUUUCACCACGGCCAGAGAGAGAGAGAAAGAGAGUGUUUGUGUAUUUGCUCAAGUGUUAUUUUAUUUUCAUUCGAGUGUGUAUACUUGUGUGUGUGUGUGUGUGUGUGUGUGUGUGUGUGUGUGAGAGAGAGAGAGAGAGAGAGAGACUUUAAUCGUAUACUCCUGAAAUAUGCAUGGUCAGUCAGGAUAGAGGUGUGUGUGUGUGUGUGUGUGUGUGUGUCCUAUAGUAUGUUACAUAACCUAUCACCUUGUACUGCUAUUACUUGACGAGCAGCCCAUCCUUAAUACCUCGAAUGUGAUGGAACUGUUACUAUUAUUACUGUCACAACUGUUACUGCCACUCUAUGCAUUUUACACUAAGAGCAUUACUUAAUUAAUUUAGCUUGUUUUCCUCUCCCAUUUCCUCUUUGUCAAUGCAUUAUUUUCCUUCCCUUCCCUUGUCAUGUUGUUGGUUAUCAUUUUCCUUCCUGAGGCAAUUUGCAACAACUUGAAACGUACUCCUACAAGUUUGUUAAGAUAUUUCUCCUCAUGAUGUUAUAAUUUUUCUUUGAGUCAAUUAGGACAACAUGAAGGGUCUCGGCCGUAUUUUAAGACACCAUCGCUUCUCACGUCAACUAUUUAUCAAGGUCAAAGAGGGGAUCAAUCUGGUUUUCAUGAGUGUUUUUUAAGGUUCAUGGCACAUAAGAAGGGUAAAACUACCCCUGGAAAGGCCUGCAGCUCCUACGAAAGCCAUGUCAAAUAUGUGAACUUGGGCGACGAAAUGUUUUAAAAUACGACCCUUUCUUUUUUACUCUUUCUUGCAGGGUUUUGUUAUCAGUUAUUUUGCUUUAUGAUGCAAUGUUUGAGUGCUGUUUUUAGUUAUCACUUAUAAUUUUUCUUUCUGAGCCAAUAUAGAGCAAUAGAAGCGUUUCUCUUUGUUACUCUCCCAUUCUCUUGCAGGGUUUUGUUAUCAGUAAUUUUGCUUUAUGAUGCAAUGUUUGAUGCUGGUUUAAGUUUGCAUUUUUCCAUCAUUUUCCUUCCUGGAGCAAUUAGAAAAACAUGAAAUGUCUCUCUAAUACUCGCACCUUCUCUUGUAGGGUUUUGUUAUUAGUUAUUUACCUUUCUGAUGCAAUCAUUUCCUUCUUGAUGUAAUAUUAUUUGCCUCAACAAUAUCAAAAGUCUAUUGUUACUUUUUCUUUCAAGGCAUUGUGUUAUCAUUUCCUCUUUGAUGCAAGUUUGUGGUUACUCUUUCUAUGGAUUGUGUUGUUAUCAUUUCCUUUCUGAUGUAAUAUUUGCCUCAACAACAUCAGAAGUCUGUGGUUACUUUGCCCUUCUCUUCAAAGGACUGCGUUAUCACCUCAUUAUCUCCUUUUUGAUGUAACACUUGCCUCAAUGCCAUCACAAGUAGUCCUGCCACUCAAGUGUUUGACAUGUUUGUUUUGAUCCUGUCAGCUCAUGAUUGAUCUUCCCGUGUUGUAUAUAAUUAUCAAGAUCCAGCUGCUGCUUCUUCACUUCAAUCUUUCUCUAUACAAUGGAUGUUGUCAACAGUUUUUAGUUUGAGCUCUACUACCGACUCGACAUUUUAUUCUCUGAUCUCUUUUUAUGUUUUGACGGAAAUAAAUGCAAUUGCUCACAUUAUUUUUUUAUUAUUUCUUUUUUUUUAUGCUUCAAUUCAAUACUCCUUGUUUUUUAUAUUUUCUCUUGCAAUAAGCUACUGCAAGUAUAUAUAUA